AGAGCCACAGCCCAAGAUUCUACCCAACAUUCUCUACCAUAUUGGAGACACCCCAUUGGUCAGAAUCAACCAUAUUACAAAGAAAGAGGGCAUUGAAUGUGAAAUGUUGGCUAAAUGUGAGUUCUACAAUGCUGCUGGCUCAGUCAAGGACAGGAUUGGCUAUCGAAUGGUGGAAGAUGCUGAGGUUGCAGGAGAGAUAAAACCUGGAGAUGUGCUUAUUGAGCCAACAUCAGGAAAUACAGGUAUUGGUCUCGCUCUGGCAGCAGCUGUUAAAGGUUACAAGUGUAUCAUUGUCAUGCCUGAGAAAAUGAGCAUGGAGAAGGUUGACGUGUUGCGAGCCCUUGGAGCUGAUAUCGUUCGUACACCAACCAGUGCAGCAUUUGAUUCUCCAGAGUCACAUAUUGGGGUUGCUCGCCGACUCAUGGAGGAGAUUCCCAACUCUCACAUUCUAGACCAGUAUCGUAAUCCCAGCAAUCCUAUUGCACAUUUUGAUGGAACAGCCGAAGAAAUUCUUGAGGCCUGUGAUGGCAAAAUCGACAUGGUGGUCGUUGCUGCUGGUACUGGAGGCACAAUAACCGGCAUUUCUCGCAAAAUUAAAAUGAAAUGUCCCGACUGUAAGAUUAUUGGAGUGGACCCUGAGGGAUCAAUUUUAGCAAUACCAGAGAGCUUGAAUAAAAGUGAAGUAUCCUUCUAUGAAGUCGAGGGAAUUGGGUACGACUUUGUUCCUACAGUACUGUCAAGGGAGCAUGUGGACAAAUGGUACAAGAGUGCUGACAAGCCAUCGUUCAUCAUGUCGCGGAGACUGAUACGAGAGGAAGGAUUACUCUGUGGUGGCAGCAGUGGAUCCAUCAUGCACUGUGCCAUCCAAGCAGUCAAAGACUUUGGAUUGAAGAAAGGUCAGCGCUGUGUGGUCAUCCUGCCAGAUUCUAUUAGAAAUUACAUGUCAAAGUUCUUGAGCAACGAUUGGAUGAGCCAGAGAGAUUUUCUAGAGUUUGAGAAAAAUAUUGAGCCAUCAAAAGAAUGGUGGUGGAGACUGAGCGUGAGUGCCUUGAACUUGUUAGCCCCUUUGACUGUGAUGCCAACUGUUACAAUUCAAGAUACACUGGAACUUCUCAACAAGGAGGGAUUUGACCAGGUUCCAGUUGUGGAUGAAACCGGUCGCAUCUUGGGAAUGGUGACAGUUGGAAACAUGAUGUCAAAAAUUGUGAAAAACAAAGUCAAACUCAACGAUCCAGUCUGUAAUGUCAUGUAUAAACAGUUCAAGCAGAUUCGCAUGGAUACCUCCCUGGGGCAGCUGUCACAGAUGUUGGAUACAGAUCAUUUCGUGUUGGUUGUUCACAACCAGAGGCAGUAUGGCAUGGAUGGAAAGGUGGAGAACAAACAGAUGAUUUUUGGCAUCGCAACACGGAUUGACCUCCUUAACUUCAUCACCUCAAAUGAUACAGCAGGCUGUUGA